UGUCCAUAUUGUUUUAUGGAAAACACAGCGUUAAUAUUUGUCUUCUUUGAUCUUUAGCUCGCUGGUUACACCCAAGAACGACUACCAUGUCAACGUUAUUAGAUAUGAAGUAGCAUAUGCACGUUUAAAUUUAGCUAGGAUAGCUAGCUAAGUUAAGCCAAAGAUAUGCCGUUUGCGAGAAAUUUUGGGGUAAUAACUCAAGCUGUUAUAAAAACAGCAAUUCCUGUUGCUACAUAAAUUCAGUAUAUUGCCAGUUAUGUUGCUUGCCAGGGCAAGUAACGUGAACUACCGAAAUGUAGAGCUCUGUGCUAAACUACCAGUUUUGUCUGAACGAUAAAGCCAUUGGAUGUUAUUGAUGCUUUGGUUUUAAUUUCUCUGGGAGGCUUCACACAAUGGGGAAGUCCAGAUAUCUGAGCUUAUUGUUGGCAGGCAGUAUUAUUAUCUAUUUAUUCUCAUUCGUGAAGUGCAAAUAUUAUUUACAAUUUUUUGAGCUUCUUGUCCUGGGCAGUGGAAAGAGUUGGAUUCCCUAGCAGUGGGGGGCUGUGCAGCGCUCCAUGCUGCGGUGUGUGGUCUGGGCGGAGCUACGGAUGGCCCUGCUGCCCCCCCGAGGCGCCCCCGCUGUCUGUCAGUUCAGCCACGCCCCCCAGAGGAGCCUGAGGGAGAGCUAUCGGCUGCUGCAGCUGCCGGACCCGCCCUACAGCCAGGCCCAGGUGAAGGAGGCCUACCUGCGCAUGGCCAAGCUGUACCACCCCGACUCCGGCACGCCCACCGCCAACUCCGCCCUCUUCUCCCAGAUCCAGGAGGCCUACCGGACAGUGCUGGCCCACCUGUCCCGACAGGGCGCGGAGGCACAGCUGGAGGCGGAGGAUGAGGAGGAGUGUGAGCCGAAGGGCCAGGCACCCCAGCACAGGCAGUACCUGAGCUACGAGGGGGUGGGGUCGGGCACGCCCAGCCAGCGCGAGCGCGUGUACCGGCAGCACCGCGUGGACCGCGCGGCCCAGCAGGUCCUGGAGUACCGCCAGCGGGAGCAGGAGCGGGCGGCGGCGCGGGACGAGGGCGCGGUGUCGGACCGCCAGGCGCACAAGCGCAGCCGCCACGCCAAGAUCACGCAGGCCGUGGAGCGCCUGGUGGAGGACCUCAUCCUGGAGUCCAUGGCCCGCGGAGACUUCCAGAACCUCAGCGGGGCCGGGAAGCCCCUCGCCAAGUUCAACCACAACCCCUACGCCGACCCCAUGACCCACAACCUCAACCGCAUCCUCAUAGACAACGGCUACCAGCCGCAGUGGAUCGUGGUCCAGAAGGAGAUCCGGGAGGCGGUGGAGAGGCUGAGGGCGGGGCUGCUGCAGUGCCGGGCCGGGUUUGGGGACCCCAUGACCCCCGCCGAGCAGGACCGGUGGGAGGAGCACUGCCAGGCCGCCGGUGACCACCUGACCAGGCUCAACAAGAAGGUGGACGACUUCAACCUGAUCGUCCCGCUGCUCAGCAAGCAGAUGGUUCACUUCAGCCUUCAGCGCGAGCUCGACCGAGCCCUACAGACCGACAGGGAGAGACGACAGGAGAGAGAGAGGGAGAGGGAGAGGGAGAGGCGAAAGAGAGAGGAGAUGACGGCGAGUGGGCGGGGGAUCUUUUCCUGGGUCCAAAACCUGCUGAAGUGACUGAUGUGAUGCCUCCGUUUCAAUCUCCACGGAAACGCAUUCUGCAUCGUAGGUUAACAGGGUCAGCAGAUAACAGGACAGCAUCACAAAUAAAGGCUCAAAACUCUGGGAGGUGCACAUCAACCAUGUACACUGCACACACUCAACAUUCACUUGGCAUCACAGACCAUACAGCUUACUUUGCACACUACUGUUGUGUCCGAUACCGUAUUUCCCAGAUUGACGAGCCAGGUGGCUGAUGGGAGAGUUGGGACAGGCUGUACAUGUGCUGACAGCACAGCUUGCAGCAAGGCUGUACCACAGCCAGGGAUUUCCACUCAAAUACAGGCCUACCAGUUGCCACUGGGAGUCUAUUACUGAGAUGAUUAGACUGACUGGGAUUAAUUAUUGAAAUGACUGAUGAUAAUUCUGAUAAUGAUUCUGAGAUUGUUUCUCAUUGGUCUGUGACACAGAGUUGUUUUUUGUCAAAUCUAUAUUUACAUCAUAGACAUGGCACAAGUCAUCUGUUUUUCUGUCUUUUUGUAUCAUAAAAAUAUAUCUGUUAAGUAAUUACUUAUACAGUACAUACACAACAUGGACAAAAGUAUGUGGGCAUCUGACAUCCAGCAUCUCAUCCAACAUGGGCUUUAAUAUGGAGUUGGCCCACCCAUUGCUGCUAUAACAACCUCCACUCUUCUGGAGCAGACCCAGUGAUUUGUUCUGUAUAUGCUGGCAUAAAUUACUUCAGGUCUUUA